GUAAAAUUUUGUGGGAAAGUCCCGGUGACUUAUAUAGAAAACUCCCACGCAUCAUCUGAGUUGCAGCCAAUCCACUGAUUAGUUCCAGGGAAGACUGAACAGUGAGAGCGGGGUUUCUCGAAGACUAGGACUACACAACACACCAGAUAGUUUUCCAUACCGUUAAGGCCUCAUAUAUAUUCUCCAGAUAAGCCUACAUGCAGAGAUUAUCAACAAUGUCUAUCAAUCUGAACUACUGCCGUGUACUCAACAAGUCCAGAAUUCUUUGAGCAGACUUCAGGGGAGCUGUAUGCAAGGCGUCAGAGUCCAGAGGAAGAAUUCACCAUGGACAACGAAGAAUUUGACUCCCAGGAAAGAUCUACGCCUGAGGCGCAAAGAGAGACGGCUCCGUCGCUGACACAAGCUUUCGAUGAUCAGGUCCGUCCAUACAUCGACCUUAUUGACAACCUGCGGGCCUAUGGUUUGGACAAAGACGUGGGACUGCCGGCCGUGGCAGUGAUCGGGGACCAGAGCUCGGGGAAAAGUUCUACUCUAGAGGCCAUCUCUGGGAUUCAGUUACCCAGAGGCUCUGGAAUCGUGACAAGAUGCCCUCUGGAAUUACGGAUGAAAUGUGAUCGAGGAGAAAGUCCGGUAUGGAGCAGUAAACUAACAUAUACUGACAAACACGGCGAAGAACAUUGUAAAGUGAUGGACCAUCCAGAGGCAGUGGAAGGGGCUGUAAGAGAAGCCCAGGACGCUAUGACGGACGGUGACGCAGGAAUAAGUUCCGACCUGAUCACUUUAGAAGUGACAUCUUCCAGCGUCCCGGAUCUUACAUUAAUUGACUUGCCUGGGAUAGCCCGUGUAGCUGUGGAGGGACAACCCUUGGAUAUAGGAGAUCAGAUUAAAAAUCUGAUUCAUCAUUACAUCACGAAGCAGGAGACAAUCAUCCUGGUGGUGAUCCCCAGUAAUGUAGACAUCGCCACCACGGAGGCCUUACAACUCUCACAGCUGUAUGACAAGCACGGGGAACGGAGUUUGGGUGUCCUCACCAAGCCAGACCUCAUCGACAAGGGUGCUGAGGCUCAGGUGCUCAGAGCUGUUAACAAUCAGGUGAUACACUUGAAGAAGGGCUACACCAUGGUUAAGUGCCGUGGACAGGCGGCCGUGGAUAAAAAACAAACCUUACAGGAGGCAAUCCAAGAUGAGAAAGAUUUCUUUGAAUAUCACGACAAAUUUCGUGACUUGUCCCAAGAACAGCGAGGUAUUCCCAGUCUGGCGAUAAAGCUGACCACGGAACUGGUUGAUCAAAUCAAGAAAAUUGUCCCGGAGUUAAAGAAAGACGUUAAAAUGUUACUGGACGAGACCAGAGAGAAACUGCGUAUUCUUGGAGAAGGUUUGCCCGAGAGUAAAGAAGGACGUCAGUCCGUGUUGUUGGAGACAGCAACAAAUUUCACCUCCUUCUUGUUGAUGUUGGCGAGAGGUGAUUACGCAACGAAAAUGACACCGGACAUGAGGCUGCUGACUGUUAUCCGAAAAAAGUUUGAUACAUUUGGAAUUCAAGCCAAGGGACAGGCCCCAAGAGACGGGGAUAUUUCUUUGAUUGAAGACAUUAAAGAACAAAUUCAGGACUACAGAGGUCGAGAACUGCCAAACUUCAUCAUGUACCCAAUGUUUGAAGCACUUGUCAGGGAUGUUGUCUCCAAGAUGAAAGAUCCUAGUAUCUAUUGCCUGAAAGACGUGGACAAGAGCAUUGAAAAAGUGUUAAAUAAGUUAUGCGAGAAGUACUUCGGUCGAUUUCCUAGAAUCAUUGGCGAAGUAAAGACUAUUGUGUCGGAGUUAAGACUAUCAGCCAAAACCACCACCGAGGAAGAGCUUCACAAGCAGUUUGAAAUGGAAGCUCUCAUCUACAGUCAAGACAAUACAUACCUACAGGAAAUUGAGGCCAUCCAAAUUAAACGUGCUCAACUUAAGGCGAAACAGCAAAAGCAGAUGGACUACUCCAUGCCUGUAUACGAAACGCCGGAAAAGACAGAGCAAACUGAAGCGGAACACAUCUUGGAUGCUCUCAAAGCCUACUUCAAAGUGGCCUCCCGGCGGGUAACAGACAUGGCCCCGAUGAUAAUCCGUUAUCAGAUGCUCGAGGUCCUCGUGAAGAACAUCAAGACUGAGUUGAUCAAGUAUGGAGCUAAUUUGGAGAACGCAACUAACGUUGAGGAAGACCCAUAUGUACGCAUAGAAAGAGCCAACCUGACCGAAAAGAAAGAACGGCUUGUUCGAGCCGAGAUGGAGCUUAACAAGUUUUAGUGCAGUUAACCUUGGGCGAUCAGCCUUCGUUAUAUUUCCAGCGCAUUGUUUAGAUGUGGUCUAACAUAUUUGUUAAAAUUAUUCUAAGCAUGCCUUAGAGUGUUUCAAAAUCAUCAGAGUAUUGCAAUUUGUUAUCGCCUCGAAAAUGUGUUUGGCACAGCCCCAACCGCUUAUCAUUUAUGCUUUGUUAAUUUAAGCUGAGAUUCCUUACAUGCGGUAGCGGUAUACGGUAUGCGGUAUGCGGUACGCGGCAAAAAUCGAAAUAGUUAAAAUAAGUUGCAAUGAUUCCAUAGGUACGGUCGCGGAUCCGUUUUUUCAUGCGGAAAAGUAUACGGCAAAAUCAAUCGCACCAUGUAGCGAUCGGUGCGGUAUGCGUUUUCAAAACCGGACAGGGUAUCCCAAGAAAUGACGUCACUGGUGGGGUGUUUCCCCGACACGUGGUCGGAACUUGUUUGAAUUGUUCUCUGGUUAGACGAAAGUACUGUUGGAAUUUUUCUCCAUCCAGCUGCAAUUCCGAGACCAAGUUUUCGGAAAGCUCCCUGCUGAGCUCUUUGCCGCAAAAUACUGUGGACCCACCAUCGGUGUUUUCUCUUUUUACGCUUCUUUAGUUGCAACAACUUAUAUGACAUUGCUAUUAUGGCAAGGUCUGAAUCUUGCUCUAAAGCCACACGUCGUGAAAUGGAGGAAUGCGACAUGUUUGCUCUGAUAAAAAUGCACCAUGAAUGAAAGAAAACGCAUAGGUUACCGCAUAAAUGGAAUCAGAGAAAGCGCAUACCGCAUGCCGUAUCCGCGUACCGCGUGCCGUAUACCGCAAACCGCAUUCCGCGUAUAUGGAAUCUCAGCUUUAUUGUAUACAUUGUUCUGUACAUGGCAGGCGCUUUAAAUCACAACUUCUCUUAGGUUGCAGCAAUACGUUAUACUUUUGCAACCCGAUUUCUGUCUUUGUGACCGCACGAAUCACCCUAUUACGUAUUGGUUACGUCAUUUUCAUGUCAAAUGAUAUUCACAUUAUCUAAUCGUAGUACUUCUCUGAUGAGACCAGAUAUCAAUUAUCAUACUGGUAUCGCUGGUAUACUUCAGCUCGCUGUCGUUCUUUCUACCUGCAUUUAUGUUUUGUAUAAAUUUCUGCAUAAAUUUUUUUAUACUCGUCCUUAAAUGGAAAUACUCUACAUCCAUGAACUCGUCAACAUUUUGCCUAACUACAACACACUUUUCAGUUCGUAUGCACACAGAAAAUAUUCGAGAUGUUAUUCAAACGUAAGCACGUAAUUUUAACGUCACACCACAGUUUUAUGUGUGUAUAAUAAACACCAUGACAAUUUUACAGUAAAGAUUUCAAUCUAAAACCUAAGAGCAUUGUACCCUUUCAUUAGUGAUUAUUUUGUUAUUUCAAUUCAUAAUUUGAAAGAUAAUGAAGUACUACAGAGCCCCAUAAUGUAAUGUAUUAUCAAUGGUGGCCAGCGCAGCUGUGUAAAACAACGAACGUUUGACAUCAUCUUUUGCCGGAUGAUGCAGAGUGCAACCGAUCGAAUUAGGUCUGGCAAGUCGAGUGAUUCGAAAAUGGAGGUUGCGAAUUUCGGAUACUGUCGGAUACUUUCGGACACGAAGUUAUAUUUUUGUUCAUUGUCACAUUAUUAAUUACGGAAUACAAAAUGAUUUGGGAUCAAAAUUACUCCAGGAUUAAAGGCGUGGCGUAAAACACUGGAGUUUCAGGUUAGUGAAUGCAAAGAUCCAGGUCUGUACUCUGAAAACUCAGCUGGAAUGAAUUUAAGACAUGAAAUGUACAGCUUGUCCAUCUUAUACCCUUUUAACAUACAAGUCUCACUAACUUUAUGAUGUCUCUGCAAGUUGUGACAGGUCGCGUUUGUAAAUGUCAGAAUCUGUAUGGAAUUAUCUGCCCUGAUCUGCAUUACCUAAUUUGGUGUGUUUACAGUUGACAUACAUUUCAACCCAUUAGAGGCUUUCCAGAGCUCUGAAAAUUACAUGAUUUAUACAUAUUUGUUAGAAUGCUCCUUUACAUCCGUUGCACCUCUCUCCAACAUUCGCUUUACAUCACUGUCAUCACUUGAACAAUCUUGAACAACGCCGAGGUCGGUGAGGUCACGGUGAUGAGGCAGGAACUGGUGUCAGGAAACUCAGAAAGCUCUGCGUAAGGUCAAGCUUGUCUUGUGCUGGCAGUGAUGUAAGGCGAGCGAAGAGAGCGGCACAUGCGCUGUAAGGAGUAGGAGUUGUUAGACAUGUAGGUAUUGCGAGUUAAUGAUCAUAACGUUGUAGAUCUACACUGAAACUCCAGAAAACGCUUAUUGCCCACAUCUUGUAUAUGUAGCUAUGCUGGUUACACGAUUCAUAUGAAAAUGAGAUGGAGUGGAAAUAUAUACUCAGACUGUGAUGUUUGAUUGUUUAUAUUUACUGUUUUAUAUUUUUAUUUUAUACUAACCUUUUUUUAAUGAUGUUCACAAUAACUUGUUUUCACAUUCAAGUUAUUUAUGUGAGUUAUAUAGUUCAUUAUCCAUUUGCCUAUAAUUGCAUGGAUGUACGUGUAUAUGCUGUAUAAUGUUGAAUGAUAGCAGUUGAUCCCAUCAUACGCGAUGCCCAAAACAGACAAACACGAAGUCUGCUGGGGGCCCGGGUAAGGACUGCUUGGAAUUUGAAGUAAUCGAGGUGUUGUUCUCAUGUGUCUAGUGUUCAGAUGAUGUGACCUGGUAAGGUGCACUGAACGGAAUCAUUUUGUAUGUAUACUAGAUUACAAGUUAGAGAAAAGUGAGGGCUUACAGUUCAUUGUCAACUUAGAAAUGAAGCCAGCCUUGCGCCGCUGUUCAAGAUAUCUAUCAAGAUAUUCAAGAUAGAUAUCCACCACUGCUUACAUAUGCGAUGCUAAUACUUACUCUCCGCUUCAACUUACGAUCGCUCAUGUGCUGGUUGACGUACAAACCUUUUAUAUCACAUUAAUGCUAACACUGAGUUUGUUCACUGCACUCAGAAAUAUCACAGCUGUAUAAUUCUGUAUUAUCAUGACUAUAGUGUUAAUGUAGUGUAAACUUGGGCAUGUGGUAACUCUUACAGUCAGUAUUUAUUAAAUGUAAGCCCUAACUGAGGUGGAUGACAAGAGACCGUAUUUCAUCGGUUACGUGUGACCGUUUGCCAGCUAUCAUACUGUGAUAGCUACUCUCUUCUUUCUCUCUAUAUGCUGUACGCCUAAAUUAUGUUAUAUCCAUAUUUUAUUCAGCAUUAACAUUUGUCUAUCUUAAUCUCAGAUAAUUAAACUUAAAA